AUGGCCUUGUCUGAGACCAUGUCCCCGUGGCGCACACCGAGACUCCCAAUACCUAAAGCUGCGCCUUCGGUGACCUCCGCCCUCAACGACCACCAGCAAAGCCUACAACUGGAAGCCGACGGAAACGAUCAGAGGAAACACAGUGGGGGCCCCAGGAAUGACGACCGGUGCAAACCACCCAUGCACGCGCAUUGGUCAGACAAGUUGACAUUGUCACUGCGGGAGCGAUGGAAACUUUGCGGACCGGUGAGCCCGAAGCGGUGCGAGACAGAUGAAUAUUAUCGUGAGUGA